AUGUUGUCAUCUGGCUUCACCAAUGCUCCGGUCUCCAAAUCCCUCGUCAUCUACAUAGUCGCAUCGUCAAUCGCUCUUUCAAUAUUUGACGUCAAACACCUCGCCAAUAUUCUUGUCGAUGUUCAUUUAUGGCGAUAUGGACAGUUUUCACGAGUCUUCCUCUGGCAGGUAGCAGGGUAUGCCAAUUCGACGGAAGUUCUGUUCGCCGCAAUGUUAGCGUAUCAUAUGCGGGUGGUAGAGAGAGUCUGGGGGCCUAGGAAGUUGGCCACCUUCGUGGUGGCCGUCCUACCGUACACUACAAUCAUCACACCUCUUCUUCUCGCCCUUGUGUUACGCCCUCUUUCGCUCGGUACGUUGAACUACCUGCCGUCCGGACCUACUGCGGUCAUGUUUGCUCUCCUGGCGCAAUACCACGCGUCAAUUCCUCAUACAUUUAAAUAUCGCAUUUCGACAACCGGUGAAAGCAUAAGCCGCCAACCUAGCACGUCACAGAACGACAAUACCAACAACAGUUCCAAACGUUCGCUAACAAUAUUGCUUUCUGACAAAUCAACGACCUACCUCGUUGCGGCUCAGCUAGCCUUGUCGCAAUUCCCGGCAUCACUUCUACCCGCCUUUGUCGGCUGGGCCGUAGGAACUGCAUGGAGGGCCGAUAUUCUGCCAGGAUCUAAAAGUUGGAGGGUGCCCGCUUGGAUAGUCGGAGAAAAAGAGUCUAGGCGUCCUGCAGGCGUUUCCUCUGCUGCUAGUGGAAAUGGUGAUGCUGAGGAUGGCGAGAGAUAUGCAGAUCUGCGAAGGCGACUGGAUGCGGCUUCGGCUGCCGCUGCUCAACAGGGUGCCAGCAGUGGUGUGGAAGGAUCGUCGGGGCAAUCACAGCGGAGGCCAUUGUUGGAAAGAUUCAGGGGUGUCUUUUAG